UCUCUCAUCUUCGUUCUUCACCUAGUUUGCAGAUUGCUCUGCACAUAGCUUCUACUUUACCAACCCUAGAAUCUCUGUGUCUGUCUUGAUUCAUAUUUUACCUGCAUAGACCGGCGGUUUAUUGUCUUCCACGACCGAACUAGACCGAAUUCACGACUCUGUGUUGUAUUGUUCUCUUGCCGUGGUGAAGGUCCAACAUUAAGCUUCCUUCUUUCAAUUGCACGGAGGCUGUUUGUGAAAAUGUCUAGCUGAGAGACUGAUCCCCAUCCCCGCGGGUAUCUGAGGACUUUGAAAGAUGACGCCGCCGAAUUUCAGAACAAUUUCGUACAGUGCGAGGCUUGUUUCGAGAAGUAACUACUGGCCGACUUUUAUCAGACACUCUUCUGUGUCGACUGGAACAGAGCUUCCCAGGAAGCUAAAAAGAUGUGAAAGGAAGCCUUGGGUUACGAGUGUGAAUGAGCUCAAGCGGAAAGCGAGGCUAGAGAGGGAAGAGAAACAGUCGGCGCGCGAACAAAUUUUGCGACCGCCUGAGAAUGGGCUGUUGGUUAAAGAACUGAUCCCUGUUGCUCAUCAAGUGUAUGCUGCCAGAGCUGAAUUGUUGGGUUGCGUCUCAAAGGUUGCUAAGACCAUAGCUUUAUACUCAUGCAGUGUUUGUGGAGAAGCUCAUGUAGGCCAUACUCCUCACAAAAUUAGGACUUGCGAUGGAGUGGGCAGCCUGAAUAACAAGGAACACAGAUGGAUGAAGGGAGGUAUUGACCAUAUUUUGCCCCUGGUCGAAUCUUUCCAUCUGUAUGACAGACUUGGAAGAGCUGUGUCCCAUAACGAGCAGCUCAUAGUUGAUCGGAUUCCGGCAGUUGUGGAACUGUGUAUCCAAGGUGGUGUCAACAUACCAGAGUACCCAACAAGAAGAAGGACCUUCCCUGCGUAUAGUGUUGCUGGUAGAAUAAUAGAUUUCGAGCGCAGGUUCCCCAAAGAAGAAGACACACCAGGAAAAGACAUCAAUACUAGUGGAUUUUGGGAGAAGAAGAAAAACCCAGUUGAGGGGACCGAGUCUGCAGACGCUAAUUUUGUCAAUUUACGAGAGGUUGCGAUUCGAGGAAUGGAAUCAUGGGAGGUAAUGAGGUCAGGGAUCCAGAAACUAUUGAGUAAGUAUGCAGUUCAUACGUGUGGAUAUUGCCCUGAAGUUCAAGUUGGUCCCAAGGGCCAUAGAGUAAGAAACUGCCAAGCUUUCAAGCACCAGAUGAGGGAUGGUCAGCAUGCAUGGCAAGAGGCAACUGUUGAUGAUCUGGCUCCCCCAGUCUAUGUAUGGCACGUUCGUGAUCUCAAUAGUCGCGAGCCACUGGUAAAUGAUCUGCGGAGGUACUAUGGCAUGUUGCCCGCUGUGGUGGAACUUUUCGCUCAGGCUGGUGCAAGAGUGAGUGGGGAUCACGCUAGUUUGAUGAGGGAAGAUAUUGCAGUGCCUGAACUUGAAGAAAUGAAGUUAGCAGUUUGAAGAAUGAAGAUGAACCGGGCUGCGUUCUGCUGAUAUCUAAAGCAACUUGGUGGGAUAUUGGUGCUGGGUUUACUUCACUGGCAGCUACAGCUAGAUGCAAGGAUUUAAUGGAGGUCUAACAGAACUCCAGAAUUAGCAAGUUGUGCUGCUGCUGAAUCUGCCUUAGUUGUUGCCAACAGUUGAUAACAUUGGAUGAUAGUAGGAGUGAGUCGGACUUGUAAGAUUCAGGUGACGAUAAUGGUGUUGGAAGUGUAGGAAGGGCGGUGAUGGCGGGGGUAGAUUGGAAACUGACAAUAUCAGGAAAUACACUUCAUCUAAUGCCGCAUCGAAGUUCAGCAGAGCUGGUUCAACUGGAGUUGUUAACAGAAGGAUGCCAAAGAAGAAGCCUAAAAUUAUUGAGAUGCCUUGAAGCUCUCUUUCAAAUAGGCACUGGUUUGGAUUUUCAGUGUAGGUCUAUGGUCGCAGCAACUUGAAAUAAUGGAUUUGAGGAAGACGGUGGUGAAAUCUGAAACUGAGAUCACUGUAUGAAACUGCUGCAGCACCAGAUCCAGAUUGCUUCUAGUUAGUUGCAUUCUUCUUCCUUCCAUAAUUCUAGGGGACAGUUUUAAUUAGUAAUAUGAUUGUUUCGUUAGGAGGCUUGGUCCGUUGUUCGUCCAUGUUUUUUUCUUGGGUGGGUUUAGCCUAUUUCUGAACCAAAGGAUUUCCGUACAUACCAUCAAGCGAGAAUGCAGGGCUGCCACCAUUGCCGAUAGUCCUCUCUCCGAUCUUUGUUCCUAUUAAAUUAUCAUUCAGACAAUUGAUGCCUCUCGAGUAAACCUUUGAUGCUACCAAAAACAAGAAUUAGGCUCGAGAUCGAGGAGAUGGGAAGCCUGUUCUUAAACCAGAUGAAGAAGCAAGCAUGUUCUUUCCUUCAAGAGAAGUACAAAACUGCAAGGCUGGCUCUCACCGACAUCACCCCAAUCGAAUUGCUGACUGAGGAAGCAACAAACAACGAACCAUGGGGUCCUGAUGCUAAAACUAUGACACAAAUCGCCGUCGCUUCAUUUGGUGUCGAUGCUUAUUGGAGAAUCAUCGACAUUCUUCACAAACGGCUGGAUACGGUAGACUGGAAGCAGUGGAGGCAAUCAUACAAGACACUGGUACUUCUGGAGUUCUUAAUGACCCAUGGCCCCGAGGAACUCGCCUACGAAUUCCAGAACGAUAUCGACAUCAUCGAAGAGCUCGGCACAUUCCAAUUCAUUGACGACAAAGGAUUCGACUGGGGAUCGAACAUGCACAAGAGAUCCGAAAGCAUCCUCAGCCUGCUCCGCGGGGGCGGGACUGCCCUGAGAGCAGCUCGCCUCAAAGCCCUGAAGAUCUCUAAGGAAAUCCAAGGGUUUGGCAGCUCCACUCCUUCUUCCGCCGCCGCCUCCUCCUCUCCGACGUCUCCUGCUGCCACGGCCACCCCGUCCUCCGCCGUCUCCAAUUCCUCCUUCGCCUCCGCGGGCUCCACGUUCGAGGACAUCUGCCGCAUCGAGAACCUUGCCCUCGCCGAGGAUCUAGACCAGCUGAACGACCCCGCAGCAGCUGAAUCACCCACACUUCAUAACGAUCAUAACAACAGUGAUGAUACUAAUCAUAAUGAUCAUCAACCGGUGAAGACUCUGCGAUUGCGGACCCACCGCUGGGAAUGCGGCUAUCCAGUUCAGGAAAAGGGCUCUCUUUUGGACGUUGCUGAUGAUGAGGUCGAAGAUCGUAAGCCGUCCGAUCAACAGGGGCUUGUUGGCAGGUUUUGCGACAAGAUGAUGACCACUUCUCCCAAGAAGAACAAGGACUACGGUGAGAAGAAUGGUUACCAUAAUAACGGCAACGACUUCAGGAGCUUUUCUGAUGUGGGCAAGUUCUUGAAGAAAAGAUACGAGCGCCAAUUUUCUAUGGGGUAUUGAUUAAUAACAUCUACAUGCGUUUUUCAGCCAGGUUAUAUAUGGAUGGAGAAGUUAUGGAAUGUUUUCUGUACAAUGGUAUGAACAUGAUCAGUCACUAGAACGAGCUCUUAGAUCAGUUGAUUAUAAUGCUAUGGUGAGUAACAUUGUGUUAAGGUUUUGUAUGAGUAAGUAGGAAAGAUAUAUAUAGUAGAAGGGCUUUGAAUGCUUGUAAUUGAUUUAUGUAUCAUGUGUGAACAACCCUUAAACGUCACAGCAACAACAACAUAAUUAUAACAGUAUGACAGCA